AUGGUGCUGGUGGAGGCGGCGGGGCUUGUCUCGUCGCUCGAGCCCGGGGCGAUGGCUUUUCUAUCACUUGCCUCCCUCGUCACGAUGGUGUCGAUGGUGUCGAUGUGUACGACGUGUUGUAGGAAGAAGGUUAAGAAUAGCGACCCCGACGAUGUGGCCUACGGUGUCAUCGUGGCUCCAGAAGACGUCCCGAAAGCCGUACAGUUCCGGAAUGGAAGCGGAAGACAGAAAAGUGAUCGUCACUCCCAACCAGGUGCCAGUAAUAAGGCUUCAAACAGUGCAGCAGAUCCUCGAUCAUCUGCACCUCCACGAGGACCUCGGGCCCUUCCGGAUCUCCCGGAAAAUACCUACGCCGCCAUCAAUAAAACCCGAAUCGACAAGGACAUCGAAUACGCCGAUGGGCCGACCCAAUUAUACGAAAGUAUCGACCGGGAUAACGACUCGACGGUGGAUCCGUUUUACUCAAAGAGUGCUUCACAGAUUUAUGCGGCGGGAAGUGAAGAUCCUUACAGCUCCAUCGCCUCAGAACCUCGAAUCGCUCUUGCUCAACAGGAAGACGACUCAAGUAGCGCCUACGAUCCGGGCUAUGCUAAGGUCAAGCCAACAAUCGAGAAAACGGAGGCUGAGUUGGACCAAUUGUACAGUAAAAUCAGGAGAACAGAGUCGAGGCGAGGGGCCGAAUCCCCAGUUCCGGGGCCAAGUACUCAAACCGACUUGGUGCAUACCGGCACCGACCAAACCUCUAUCCGAGAGCCCUCAUAUCGAUAUAUUACCGUGAGGGAGAGUGCUGAUGUGAUCCGCGCUCGCCUCGAGGAACAAGGUCGCCUUGGGCCUGGGGGACUUCCGAUCCGCGAGCAUUACUACUCGACGAUAGGGAAUGAAUACGAAUCUGUGGAGGAUGGGAGCACGACCUAUGCAAGGACUGCGAGGAUCGAGCCACCGAAUCAAUUCCCUCCCCCUGAUGGUCUUUCGAUAUCGGUGAGCAACAACGAGUUUGCCCCCGCGCCUCCAACUUCCCCGAUUCCGGAGCGACUUCCGGAGAUGCUGAGUCGAUCACCUCAACCCGGCCCUCAACAAGAACCUGGCACGCUCUACUCCUCCAUCUCGAGAAGACCCACCCCAUCCGGCCCCUCUCCCACGAUACCUACCGUAGUCCGGGCCCCAACGCGGAGUCGACCGACCAACGCUGUUGUGGUGAGACCCUCGGUGGUGGUCGCGGAUGGGGCAUGGACGACUACGCGGGACUACCCCAAUGACACCCGGCAAAUGGAGGAGGUCCACGCAUUCAUGACGCGCCCACUGCUACCGUACGGCAACGAGGCUCUACUCAACCCUCCACCUUUCCCCCAACCCGGCCACGGCCCACCAUUUCUCGAACAACGCCAAAGUUUAAUUAAUUCUACGCACAAUCAAAGUAUCUUGCCACACCAAGACGUCGUCGAAACGCCUCGUGUCUACAACGUCGAAAUCAAACGGGUACCUGCUGGCCAGCAGGCAGCAACGGGAGAUGGCCAACGAGGGCAAAACAGGCGGCCCGACUCGCUGGUGAUGGAGGGGCAGAAAUCACUCCCCGGACCUUCAUCACCAGGUCAAUCGAAGCGAGACGAGGAGGAGAUGGUCCGGUCUUACGAAAGCACCAGUUCACGCGGACGAAGCCAGCUUCCGAUUGCUACUAACGACAGUGAGAUCCGGGAGCACAUCGGGAGAGCCAGGCAGCGACGACAGGAGAGCAUUGAGAGGGAGGAGAGGGAAAAGAUGGAGAGGGAUCGAACGGUAUCAAGAGAACGAAGACGUCGUGAAAAAGUCGAAGAAGAGCUGAGAAAGGAGCGUCAGGGUACCGUAUAUACCUCCAACGACUAUUUGCCCAAGACUUGUCUCCGUCAAGAGACUCGUCGAGGUCACCGAGCCGCGCCGUCACUCCCUCCAGAACUCCAACUAGGCCUGCCAACAUUUCCUAUGUACAGCAUUAAGUUCGAUCCCCGGCGCCUUGGGCCUGUGUUGUGUGUACAUAUUGCUACCUCCCCCGUGAUCCCCGUGAAUUUUCUCGAUAUCGUCGUCGUGUGGUUGUGCUGGUUGGUGCUUACGAAUGCCUCGCUUCUGCUCUUUGCCUUUCCGGAAGAGUCCGGUGAAACUGAAUCGAAGAAUUCUGGCGCUGGAGGUUGUGAGGGUGGAGCUUGUUUCUGUCACUCCAAGAGCCCUCGCGACGUCGUCGCCCAAAGCAACCGGCGCCAGAUGACCGAGAUCAGCUUCGACGCGCCGUCGCCCAAUGUUUUGCCGCCCUUCGACCUUUCG